GAUAAACCUGUAUAGAAUUAUUCUUAAUCUUACAGAAUAAAAACCGGAACAAAAUACUGUUGAAUCUUGUGCUGAAAUCAGGUUUUCUGGUCACAAUUGACAGAGAUCUGCAGAGAGUGAACAGCAGUCCUAAUAUUCAAUCUGCAUUUCAUCCUUAAAUCUAGUAUUUUCACAUCAUGGCUUAUCCAAAGAUUCAGUUUGCAUCCCUUACUGUAAAUUUAAAACCUGCCUUGAUUGAAAAGAUUCAAGGUUUGCAAGGAAUAGUGCUUGAUCUCCACCACGCUCAGUUUAAUGAACAGUGUACUCACUUGGUGGUUGAGAAUGAUCACAUUAGGCCAACUGAGCGCCUUUUGGCUUGUUUAGCUGCAGGCAUAUGGAUUGUGCGCAUGUCUUGGGUGGAGGCUAGUUAUUUAUUGGGCCAUUGGGUGCCAGAAGAACCUCAUGAGUGCAUGGGGGGCCAUGGAAUUCCACGAUAUCACAGACUGAGAGCUAAAGCUGCAAUGGAAUCUGCUGGACGAGGAUGUGCAUUGCCUGGCUUGAUUGCUAAUAACACUUCCAGCAUUGACAGCAUCAAACAUCGUGGGAUCUUCUCGGGCUGGACAAUGUAUGUUCAUGUCAAACAAUCAUCUGACAGCAGAUCAUUUAGAAGAGUAUUGUCAGCUGCUGGAGCUGAAGUUGUGAGUAGCUCAGAUUUCCCACGUUCCCGAGAUCGUCUGAAUCUAGUGCUGUGUGAUAAUGAAAGCAUUGCUGUGCUAAGACCUCUCCUGGGUCCAGGCACACUCAUUGCUCAUCACAAUUUCUUGAGGGAUAUACUGCUAUGUCGCCAUGAUCCAGCUAAGAUUCAGCCAUAUCUCUACACAGCCCAUGGUAGGCCAAAUAUGCAGAGUGCUGGAUCGGCUGAUCAACCUUUGAUUCUGGAUUAAACAGAUCUUCAUUCACUCCAAGGAAGUCAACCCCUGUCACAGCAACUACAGCUCGUCGCCCUACAGCAUUACUGCGGUGUAAUAGAAUUCAAAAUAAUGGUUCGAUCACAGAAUAUUUGUCUCCGUCCAAACCUCCCAACAGAGUACAAGAAAUCGUCAUUUUAGAUGAAGCUGAUGAUGCUACCCAUGCUUUGGUGAAUCUAACUAGUGAGGCAAUUGUCAGGCAACAAUGUUGAUACCAUUUGUCCCUUGAUAUUUCCUGAUUGAUGUCUUCC